UACCCACCUAUAGGCCCAAACACUUCAUUUCAACAAAAACCUUUAAAUCUGAAGUCUCGUUCUCUCUGUUUAGCUCACAACACCAUUUUCAGUUAAUAAAACGAAGUUACCCUUACACCCAUCGUUCCUCUCUUCGUUGCCUGAUGUGCACCUAAACACAUGGGGUCAACCAGUUUUCUAUGGAACUGUACUAAGAAGUUUGUCACAGCUGCUGUCAUCACUGUGACUGUGACUGAUCGUUUUGGGACAGUUGUUCCUGUUCGAGGUGGCUCUAUGUCUCCCACAUUAAAUCCUAAAUCGGGUUCUCUGAUGGAUGACUAUGUUUUUGUUGAGAAAUUUUGCCUUUUGAGGUACGGAUUUUCAAAUGGCGAUGUGGUGGUCUUCCGGUCCCCAACGAAUCACAAGGAGACACACAUAAAAAGAAUAGCUGCAUUACCUGGUGAAUGGUAUGGCACUAAACAUAACAACGAUGUGAUUCAGAUCCCGUUAGGACAUUGUUGGGUUGAGGGAGACAACUCAGCCUCUAGCAUUGAUUCAAAGUCAUUUGGACCGAUUCCUUUGGCUCUAAUUCGAGGAAGGGUUACCCAUGUUGUGUGGCCUCCUCAAAGAAUAGGAGGUGUCGAGAGUACUCCACCACAAAGAUUAUCUUCUGUAAUAGAAUAAGGCUAUUUUCGUUUUUGUAUAUUUGGAUCCCACCUCUAUUGUUUAGUGCCUCAAAUAAUAGGUGUGAAAGAACUACUCAGAAGAAUCUGACGUUCCCUUGGAUGGGGGAAAACAGUUGUUAUUUACUAAAGUGUUGUGAUAACUAAAGAGAAAACGUGAAUUGAAGAGGAAA